AAAGAUGUUUCAGAAUAUAAAAGCAGAGCAAACAAAAUAAAAUUUAUUACUUGAUUUGUUAAACUUUGUUAAAAUUACUUAAAUCACCAGCAGGGAUAAAUGGAUCUAACAGAUAAAAACGUAGUUUUUAUUGCCGGUUUAGGUGGUAUCGGAUUUGAAGCGUGCAAAUUAUUAAUGACUAGAAAUUUGGCACAUUUGAUAAUAUUGGACAAAAUUGAAAAUUUAAAUGCUUUAACAACUCUAGAGACGAUUAAUCGAAAAACAAAGGUUACAUACCUGAAAUUUGACAUCACAAAUAAAAUGUGCAUAAAAAGUACAUUCAAUGAGAUUACGAAUAUUAUUGGAUGCAUUGAUGUAUUGAUAAAUGGUGCGGGUGUAAUUGCUGAUCGGAAUAUUGAGCUCACAAUCAAUGUAAAUUUAAUAGGUCUUAUUAAUACCACUAUGGAAGCUCUUCCGUACAUGGAUAAAACACAAAAGGGUAGAGGUGGGCUUAUAGUCAAUAUUGCUUCACUUCUAGGCUUGGACCCAUGUCCACCAAUUGCCAUUUAUAGUGCUUCAAAGUUUGCAGUUGUAGGAUUUACUCGCUGUUUGGCGGACUCGUACUAUUACAAUCGUAGUGGAGUUGCAGUAACUGCAAUUUGUCCUGGACUUACAGAUAGUCCAAUGACUACGGUUCCUAAAAUAAGUGAUACAUUCGAUUAUUCCAAGCCAUUAACAGACAAAAUAUUCUGUGCGCCAAGCCAAACAGCCGCCACAUGUGCCAAACAUUUGUUAAAUAUCAUCGAGAAGUGUGAAAACGGUUCGUUGUGGAUAAGUAAUAGGGGUUCAAUGACAAAAGUUGAACAUCAACUUUAUUGGCAACCUUGAGUUAACGAAAUGCAAAAGUGUAAACAGCUGAUUCAAAAAAAUUAAUACAAUUUUCAUAAAAAUAAAUAUUAAAAUGUUUUAUUUCUUGAUUAGUGUAAAUAUAAAGACUUCAAAAUGCA